AAAGUUGAGAAUGUUUUGGCAGUGCACUGACUCUGUUUCUGCUCAUUUAUUCUUCCAGGCCUGCACUGCAACAGAACACACUGGGGUUUGUGAUAAAAUAAUAAAUAAUUGAUAAUCUAACAGUCACAUAACAGAGAGAGUGAAGAAUACGAUCUAGAUCCCAGCUCUGCUUGAUCCAGAAAGUUUCUCAGGAAGAUCUCAUCAUGUACCUGUUGUUGGUGGUCGUCUCUCUUCUGUUUAACUCUGUUCCCUCUCAGAGUCGUCCUACUGAGGAUUUAUUCAAAAAGAUCUCUGGGAAGACAGGUAACAUAACUAAGAAAAAUGACAUGCCAGUGUCAAAUAUAAUCCAGUCCAACAAACAUGAAGGACAGCGAGUGGAUGGGCCCUUGAUCACGUUCGGAGACAUCGCCGUAUCAACAGGGUUCAAGAAUGCAGAUCCGUGCACAGCUCGUGGAUGCAAAUGGGAGAGAAGCAGAAAUGGAUUAGUCUAUGUGCCCUACAUGAUCUCUAACCAGUACUCUCCAAAUGAACUACAAGUGAUUAAACAAGGCUUGCAGUCCUUUGCGGAUGUGUCCUGCAUUCGAUUCGUACCACAUGAAGGGCAGAGGCACUUUCUACAUAUAAAGUCUGAUUCUGGUUGCUAUUCAUAUUUAGGGCGCCAAAGUGGAAGACAGGUUGUUUCUCUCCAGCGUCAUGGGUGUGUCUAUCACAAAAUUGUUCAACAUGAGCUCCUUCAUGCCCUCGGGUUCCAUCAUGAACAGAACCGCAGCGACCGUGACAAACACAUCAAAAUCCUUCUUGAGAACAUCAAACCUGGAAGGCAGCACAAUUUCAAGAAAAGAGAAACCAAUAAUCUGGCAACCCCCUAUGACUACAACUCUGUGAUGCACUAUAAAAGGUAUGCUUUCUCCAGGAACAAACAGCCAACCAUGAUUCCCAUUCCUGAUAAUAAUGUUGUGAUUGGUAAAGCUCAAAGUAUGAGCCGCAAUGACAUCCUGCGGAUUAACAGACUCUACUGCAGUUGACGUGCUGCCAGACUGUAUGAAGGAUGUGCUUGAUGACAGAGUUCCUCUUCUUUCAAAUCAUUCUUUUUUAAGCUUUCAUUUUUGCACAACACAGUGUUAAAUGAUUUGUCUUUUUCUAUCUUUUUUCAUUCAAACAUCAUUGAAAUCAGACACCUCUCAGUAGCCUAAAUACAGUAAACCGUAAUGAUAAUACAAUGUUCCAGUAUUAGAAAUUUGUGUCAAAUCAACAAAAUUUGCAAAUAGUGUGAACUCAAAAGCUCUUAAAAACUAGAUGU